ACCAUGAAAGACUCGUCAAAAUCUUGGCAACCCUUUAUAGCAAACUGUUGUUCUGUUGAAGACCAUACAGUUUUCGGCAACUUCAGUAAGUCUAGGACUUCAAGGUCUGACUUCUCAAAGAAUGUGACUCCGUCGCCGUCUUUUAGGCAUGUGUCGUUCUCGGACCUUAGUCAGUCUUCCUCUGUACGUUUGAAUGAAGACAUAGCCCAUACUUUUGGUCCUGAUUUGUUUGAUUUCAAACUCAGUGAGCUGCGAGCGAUAACUCAGAAUUUUUCGAACAAUUUCUUGCUUGGGGAAGGUGGGUUUGGGACGGUGCAUAAGGGUUACGCAGAUGACAAUAUGAGGCAUGGAUUGAAGGCUCAAGCUGUUGCGGUUAAGCUUCUUGACAUUGAAGGAUUGCAAGGACAUCGCGAAUGGCUUGCAGAAGUGAUAUUUCUUGGGCAACUUAAGCACCCUAACUUGGUAAAACUGAUCGGAUAUUGCUGUGAAGACGAAGAAAGACUCCUUGUAUACGAGUUCAUGCCCCGUGGAAGCUUGGAAAACCACUUGUUCAAGAGGAUAUCAGUAUGUUUGCCGUGGGGAAACAGAUUGAAGAUUGCAAUAGGUGCAGCCAAAGGUCUUGCAUUCUUGCACAGUGCCGAUAAUCCCGUCAUAUACCGUGACUUCAAGACCUCCAAUAUCUUACUUGAUUCGGAUUUCAAUGCAAAAUUAUCUGAUUUUGGACUGGCAACGAUGGGUCCUGAAGGAUCGAACACUCAUGUGACUACAAGAGUUAUGGGUACUUAUGGUUAUGCUGCCCCAGAAUAUAUAAACACUGGACAUUUGACCACGAAAAGCGAUAUUUACAGUUUCGGAGUGGUUUUGUUAGAACUUUUGACCGGGAAAAGGGCAAUGGACAAAACCAGACCCAAGAGCGAGCAAUAUCUUGUGGACUGGGUUAAACCAUACUUAACUAGUAGUCGAAGGUUACGUUGCGUCAUGGAUCCAAGACUGGCAGGGCAAUAUUCAGUCAGGGGAGCCAAGGAGGUGGCUUUGUUAGCUCUAAACAGUGUGAGCUUAAACCCUAAAGACAGGCCAAAAAUGACUGAGAUAAUCGAAACACUUGAAAGCGUUCAAAAUCUGAAAGAUAUGGCAAUUAGUAGUGGACAAUGGCCUGUAGCUUCACAAAAGACUGCAAGAAAUGCGGUUUUUUCUCCACAAGGGAAAAAAGAAAUUAACGGAGAUCGGAUAUAUUGGAAGCAAACCCCUGUUGUUACCAAAAAACCGAAAGGAUAAGAACUAAAAGUACGAGUUUAUUAAAAAACGAAUGUUCUUACUUA